AUGACAUAUCAGUUGGGAUUCCGGAUUGAUGGUGAUCUUGUCAGUGGAUGCAUCGGUGGGUGGGAGCAGCACAAUCAGGGACGAACCAUUGAGGAGUUGUGUGAGCAAAUAUUGAGUGUUAUUCCUGGCCUAGAGGACAGACAGUCACAGACUAAGUGGACUGUCAAGCUUACUUGGUUCCACAGCACGGUUUGUGGAGAGCUAGAGCAGGAUGCCACAGAGGAGCGGCUGAUGAGGUAUACGAGAGGAUAUAUCAUGCAGUUGAUCGGAGGUAUCCUUUUCCCUGAUGCAUCUGACUCUCGGGUGCAUAUCAGGUGGCUUCCCCUACUGGAGGUCCUUGAUGCAUGUGGCUGGUUGUCGUGGGGCUCUGUUGUGCUGGCAUGGCUGUAUCGCCAGAUGUGCCGGGCCACAGAGCAUCGCCAGAUGUGCCAGAACAACACCCAAUAUCUGCUCACACAACUCCUCAAUGUCCGUCCCUGA